ACGAUGAUCGGAUUAGAAAAUUUUGAUUCGAACGAAGGCGCCGAGGGGGAAGACUGGGAAUUCGACGAUGAAUAUUCACCACAGGAACAAGACAGCUUGAAACUCGACGAGAAGAAAGAAUUUGCUCUGGGAGACAAAUAUUAUUCGUCCAUAACUAGGAAACCGGAAGAUGCAACGAUAUCCCAAGAGUUUUUGGAAUUCUUUCAUUCGUACGGAUACGAUUGUCGAAAGUAUUUCAAUCUUUGCGUAAUCGAUCCGCAGACUAUCGCCUUUGCUGCCAGCAAUUUGAUCCAGUUCGUCGACUUCGAAGAGAAUAAAGUCUGGUUCAAAAUAGGCUCCAAGGGCAAUGGUAUCGGGCACAUGACGAAAAAUCCUGUGCAUCAACAUAUCGCUGUUGGAGCGAACGAGACGAAUCCGACCAUAACUAUUUACAAUUGGCCCCUUAUGCAAACGAUAACUGCAUUAAAAGGCGGAACGACCAAACGAUAUUUCCAUUUAGCCUACAGUCCGGACGGAUCGCUACUAGCAUCGCAAGGAGGCGAGCCAGAUUAUUUCAUUUCCCUUUGGAAUUGGAGACGGUCCACGAUUAUUCUACAAUGUAAAUCUCACGUUCACGACGUGUACAACGUAACUUUCUCUAAAUACGUUCCCGGCCAGUUGACCACCAGCGGCGUAGGACACAUCAAAUUUUGGAAAAUGUCGAGGACCUUCACGGGAUUGAAGCUGAAAGGCGAAAUUGGCAAAUUCGGGAAUACGGAAAUCUCUGAUAUCAUCGCUAUUCAUCCUAUGCCAGACGAGACUGUAAUCUCCGGUUGCGAGUGGGGUAAUAUGUUCCUGUGGGACGAGAGUCUGAUCAAACUCGAGACGUGUAGAAGAAACAAAGAAAAAUCGCACGCAGAAUGCAUCACUCAAUUCGAAUAUAUUAGCGGAGAACUUAUAUCAGUUGGUAACGAUAAAAAAGAAAAAAGAUAUUUCGCGAUACGACGCGUUAAUAUCGCGUGUGAUGUGUGUGUGUGUGUGGCGAUUACAGGAUCCGAUGGAUGGAUACGAUUCUGGUUUUACGACACGAUAGAUCACGCUGAUCUAGCCGACGAUGAACAAUAUUUGGAGAUCCAACCGAUAUACGAGUUUGAAAUCGCUGACGAAGAAGAGCACCGCGCCAUGCUCAUGUGCAUUCGAAAGCAGGAGCCUGACAAACCAGAAAAGACGCACUGGUACGCCCAAGAUGGAAACGGUGGACUCUGGUUACUCGAUCUCUGCACUAGUAAAAAAGAACAGGAACAGAAGAAAAUUUUUACAUGCCAUGCCGGUCCCGUGGUCGAUAUGGACACCGCCGACUGGGGACCGUUUGUAGCGACGUUGGAUAGUUAUGGAAAUUUGCAUAUUUAUGAUUACAUCGGCAAGAAGUUGAUCUUGAUUCACAAAUUUCGUGACAGGGGAAGUCAGGUGGUCUGGCUUCCAUGCGAGGUCGAGAGAACUGGUACGACGCUCGUGUGCGGUUUUGAGAACGGUAUCAUUAGGAUGAUCUCGGUGGAUGUGAAACCAGCGAGUGUGAACGAUGUAAAACGAAAUUGCACGACGCUGAUUCAAGUCAUAAAACCGCAUUCAGAACGAAUCAACGUAAUGUCAUUGAAUGAAUCUCGUAGUCUACUAGUGACAGGUAGCAACGACGCUACCAUUUUCGUAUUAAAGAUCGACACUCCCGAGCAUUAUCCCACGAUCCUACCCAUAGGCUACGUAAAGGUUCCGUCGUCCGUCUCUUGCGUGUCAUGGUGGAACCCUCGAGAAGAAGCAACUUUGUUAAUUGGAUGUUUGAAAGGAGAUUUCGUCGAAGUAAAAUUACCCACAGAGCCACAGCCGUAUACAAAGACGACUUACGAGCUUGUCAAGUGCAAACCCGUAUCGUUUAAAUUCGAAUCGGUAAAAUCGUCCAUCGAAAGGGAGGCUGUAAGAAUUAGGCACGAAGAAGAGAUGGAACGGCUGAUCGAGGAGAAGAGAAAAGAAAUGGAGCAAUUAAUGGCCGAGAAUCCGCAUAUCAUAAUCGACGAGGAAACGUUUCUUAUGGACAUCGAGGAGAGGGAGAUGGUACUACCAGAAAUUUAUAUUCCAGAAGUUCCGAAUAAAGUUUUACAAGCGCAAUACAGCGUCGACGGAGGAGACGUUUGGCUGUUUAUGGGUGGCUUUGACGCAGGAUACGUUUACGAGUAUCCGCGUCCGUUAUCUGGCAAAUUAAAACACGGCAAACCUGUGAACAGUAGGAUAAUCGAAUGUGCGAAAGAUACAGAGAUACACAAUUUCUUUUUCGACGAGAACAGGGAAUACAUGUUCCUGGGAACGGAGCACGGAGAGCUUCACGUCGUAAAAGUGAAGAAACGGGAUCCGUUAGAUUUCUCAAACUGUUUGAUCGUACCGAUACAUGAUUAUUACAAUGGUCACAUGUCGAAAAUAUUGUUGAGCUACGAUAGGAAAAUGCUGAUAACGUGCGGUCGCGACGGAAAUAUAUUCUCGUUUAAAGUGAACGAAGAGUCGAUUCACGGAGAGCACGAUGAUCCGCCGACCACGUUGGAUUCUCUCUACUUGCCUCAAAAGGUCGAGGACAUCGAGGAUGUCGAUCAUCCGAAUUUAGAAGAGGUGAUCACUCGAACAGAACGCAACAGAAUCAUGGCGCUUGCAAGGAAGAGGAAGAAGCAAGUGCUCGAUGUGAUACGUGAUUUGACUGAAGAAUAUACCAAGAUCACGACCAGGAACAAGUAUCUUCUUCGCUCUCAACAAAUAUCGCAAUUCGAGCUAGACCCGAGGAUAGUGGAAGACUUGGAACAACAACUAAAAUCGCAUAAAACGUUGACGCAGCAAAAGCUCGAGUUCAAAGUGGAAAAGAGCAAAAUGCAAUUAGAGAAGCUGACGAACCAUUUCGUCACGCCUGUCACUCGUCUGCCGUUCGCGGUCUACGGUAUACUAAACGAAGAGAGGUUGGUACAUUCUGUGAGAGAACUGAAGCUGGACACCGACAGCAUCUCCAGAUGUGUGGAGAUGUUGAAACGCCAAGAGAGGCGAGAGAAAACAGGCAGGGUGGAAGAGGGAGGAGUUGCAGCUGAAGAAGAAGAAGAAGAAGAAAAAGAAGAAGAAAAAGAAGCGAAACCCGAGCUCGAAAUGAAGCAAAUCGAGUAUUUGGAAGGAUUGCUAGCCGAAGAUUUCAGUGAUUUAACCACUGGACUAGGAUUGCAAAUCAAUCAGACGUUGGCAAAAUAUAAAGAGAGUAAGGCGAGGUUGACUCGGCGGCGAAACGAGUGGAAAAAAUUGCACGAAAAGAAACCGAACUUGGCCAAGAGUCGUGCAAAAGACGAAGCUACCCUCGAAACAGCCAAGGAGACGAUCGGCGAAUUUCAUUUGAAGAUAAACCAAGAGUUGAGUUCAACGAGGAAAAAAGAGACGGCAGCCACGAAAUACAAAGAAUUUGUAAAUUGUAGGACCAAGGUUCAUAAUUUACGAGAAGGCUACAAUUCGAGAUUGAAAGCGAUCGCAGUGGAGAAAGAGAGGCUGCAGAAGGAAAUCGUUAAACUGACUGAAGUCCUGAAGAGAAUUCACAUCGAGGUACCGCUGAAGCACAUAAGACCCUCGCCACAGCCACCUAAACUGGACGUCGACGUAGAGUUUCCUGAACACAAUCUCGAGCUUGGAAAAUACGUGUCGAUGUCGGAGAAAAUGGAACAAGUGAAACGACAGAGGCAAUCGUUGAUCGUCGAUCAAUUGAUAGAUCAUUCCGAUUUAGAAUACGAAGCGUUAUACUGCGACGACAAAGGUGUUCGAGAAGAGCAAGAGAGUGUUCAUAGCAUCGUAAUCUCUUCGAAAACGAAGAUAAAAGAUCAUCCGUCUAUAGCUGCGGAUGUGUUGCGGAGUCUGAACGUAAGCGACUCGGUUCAAACACCGUGGGAACGUGACGCGAAACGUUCGCGACUGUGGCGGAGAACGUACGAACAAGAUUGUGUUCUGCGGUACAUCGAGUCUAGCUACGAGAAACUGGAAAACGAAUUAGACGAAUUGGAAGAGUAUCGAUUGGACGUUAUUUAUCAAAGCACGUACAUGAAUCUGAAUCUGCUGACUCUGUACGAAGAGUUUAUUAUCCUGAGAGAAUCCGAAACGACGGAGCUCGCGCUCGAGGAUAAAGUGAAUCAAAGAUCGAACGAACGUUCAACAAUGAUGCAUAAGAUACAAGCUACGAACGUUCACAUCGCCGCGAGAGAGGAAGAGAUUCGUAGAUUGCAAGUUAAAAUUAAAGACACCACCGCCGAGUUCGCGAAAGCUGUAGCCGACGACAAAUUUCACGACUUCUUACAAAAGAUAUACAAGAGGAAAUAUACGGCAGCGAAAAGACAAAAUGACGAAUCGGAUUCGGCUACGCAAUCUUCGGAUACUAGCACCGAGGAGUCGGACGGCACAAUAGAUACGGAAGCCGAGUACAUCCCAUUCGAUGAAAAUGUUUGCCCGCCGGGAUGCGAGAAAGAGUUAUACGACAUGGCAUUCUCUACGAGGGAAAAACGAUACGCGUACGAGUUUCGAAUUAAGGAGGAACAGAGGGAGAUAGAAAUGUUGCAGAAAGAAUUGGACACCGACUCGAAGCAUUUACGAAUCAUCGAGAACAACGUGAAGAGCAGCGAAGAGGAACUGCAAAUUUUCGUGCUAGAUAAACAAAAGAAGCUGAACGACAUUAACGUGACGGUCGUAUUGAAAAUUCAUCAGCUGCAGCACACGUCGGAUUCUGGCUCCGUUACGGACAUUCACAAUUGUGUACUUUUUAAUAGAAAAGAAUUGGCGAAAUUGUACGCCAGAGUGGGAGAACUGCAGGAAGAGACGUUCAACUUGGAAGACAAGCGCAAGAAAAGCGAAAUUCAUUUGAAACGAAUAAAAUACGAUUUAAAAUAUAUGCAGACUCAAAACGGAAAAUUAGAAGGAGAUAUAAAGGAGAAAAUGAUACAAAAGCUUGGUCAAAGAGUUUCUCUGAUCAAUCUCUAUGAGACGAUUUUGCAGAGAUUGAUUUAUGAUACUAAAACAGACGUUCAGAGUCUCAUGAAGAACUAUGCCAAGAAAAUAAAAGAUAUAAAGUGGGACUACAACGAGGGAUUGGGCGUGCUAAAAAAUUUAAUUCGCGAGAACACCGAGAAACUGAGCCUGCUGACAGUAUUGGAAAAAGAAAAAUAUAAACUGACCAAAAUCUUGGAACAGCCUCUCGUCUCAGAGGAGAGUAUGGUCCAAAUAGAAAUGGAGCAUAAAGCCGACAUUGCUGUGCUUCAAAAUAUUCUUUACGACAAAAUGCAACAGAAGCAGAUGCUCCAAUACGACAUACAAAGUCUAAAGACAGGGGGCAAAGCGAGAAAAUUGCCGCCGAUUUGUUUGGAACAAAGCGACAGUUAUGAAUCGUGUAAUUCCAGAUUCGCAUACUAGACCUCUAGUAUCUGUUAUAAUUCCAGUGUAAGUGGCAUGUACUUUUAUGAGUUUCAAUAAACAACGUAUUGUAAUAUA